AUGUGGUGUACUUCACUGGUUGUUGCAGCUUUCUUGGUUGCUAAAUCAAGCGCCACCGAUUCUCUGCUUGAAACCAAGGACUUCAACAUCACUCAAGCCCUUCUUGACCAAGGUGUUGACGUAUUAGAGCUUCCUGUAUCCACGGACGAUGCAAAACGAUCUGGCACUGGUUGCGUUGCUGCUUGCGCCUCUCUGAAGAUACUCUACGGUGAUGCCACUGUUGAGACGAGGGAAGAAAAGGCCUUCGGGGACUUCACAAGCUCGUACUGGUCUUCAAACCAGGCAGAGGUCAAUCCUUACUGUAUCUUCAUUCCUCAGCGGCCGAGUCAAGUUUCUGUAACUGUACUGUUGGCUCGAUUGACAAAGUGUCCUUUCGCUGCCAAGAGUGGCGGCCACGCAGCCUUUGCUGGAGCUUCAUCCGUUGAGGAUGGCAUUACCAUUUCGUUCGCUAACUUGAAAGGUGUCUCUCUGUCUCAAGAUAAGAAGAUUGCUUCGAUUGAGCCUGGAAACACCUGGGGGCCCGUGUAUGAGCAGUUGGCGAAGUCUGAUGUCAGUGUUAUUGGAGGGCGACUCUAUAACAUCGGCGUUGGAGGAUUGACUACGGGAGGUGGUAUCUCAUUCUUCUCAAAUAUUUAUGGCUGGGCUUGCGAUAAUGUUGAGAGCUACGAGUUGGUACUCGCCAAUGGCAUAAUAGUCAAAGCCAGCGCCACAUUAUACCCUGACCUCUACUGGGCUCUUCGCGGAGGCGGUAACAACUUCGGUCUUGUUGUCAAGUUCAACCUCAAGACCAUACCCCUUCCCAAGAGCGAGAUGUGGGGUGGAUCCCGCGUCUAUACAGAAGACAGGUUUGCCGAAGUCACAGACGCACUGUUCAAUAUCCUAAAGAACUCCGCGAAUGACCUUAAGGCAGGAAUCUACGUCCCUUGGAUCUAUUAUGAAGGCAACAAACUGUCUAUGCCCACUAUGUACUACGCCGAGCCUGACGCCGGAAACGCUACUAUAUGGAAGGACUUCAACAAAAUUGAGGCCGUCUCUGAUACCACGCAGAACAGAGUUCUCGCCGCGUGGGGCAAGGAGAUCAUGAGUGACAGCCCCCCGGGACUUCGCGAGGUCUACUACGUUAUUACUACCAAGCUCGAUCACGGCAUCCUGGAAUACACAAGGGAUUACUUUUACAAGACUGUUCUUACGGUUGCUGAUAUUUCUGGCAUUAUACCUGCUUUUGUGGUUCAAGGCAUCACUACUCCCCAGCUCAAGCAGAUGCAGAAGAAUGGAGGCAACGCCCUUGGUAUCGAUCCUGAGGGAGGACCUCUAUUAAUUUUGCAGCUCUCCGUUAUGUGGAAUAAUAAGUCUGACGACGACGCCAUCUACAGCUGGAUCUCUGAUAUCUUCCAGGUAGUAACCAAGGAGGCCAAAGCUCGUGGGGUCAACAACGGCUACGUUUACAUGAACUACGCAAGUCAGUACCAGGAUGUCAUUGCAAGCUACGGGUCAGGCAAUAAGGCUAAGCUGAAGAGCAUUGCAAAGAAGUAUGAUCCUCAACAAGUGUUUCAGAAGCUGCAGCCUGGAUACUUCAAGCUGGAUAGAGCACCUAUUCCUAAUUCUGGAUACUUCUCCCAUUAG